AUGUUCAAUACUGUUAUUGAAUUGAACGGUUACAUCUACAGUACUGGUACAAACAACUGGAGACGAAAGGGCAAAAACGAAAAGAUUUCUGAUGCAAGCGAAGAUGAUACUGAUGAAUCUGAUGAUUCUCUUUGGUACUAUACAACUGUUUCUCCACAAGGAGAUGCCGGAAUAGAGCGAAUCCAAAUCUUCAAUUCCAGCAUUUCAUCUGAAAUCAUCUCUUUGCAUGAGUCGUACGGUCAUUACCGCCCAGUUCUCUUCCCGACUGGCCAGUUCGACUGUUCAACACCGAUUUCAAAUCGCACAGAAAACUCUACGUAG